AUGUCAAUGAAACUCUCAUAGUAUAAGAUGGCGUCGUUAGAAUAUAUAUUUUUUUAAGAACUUUCUCCUUUGAUAAUUUUGUUAUUAUGGAUUCAGUUUUCCUGGAGGACCUUAUCUUAUGAUAUCAGCAUUUAGCUGGGCGUAUAGUUUUAUGCUUGAUGCUUUCGAGGACGAAGACCCUUAGACGAAACACUCACAGGAGUCAUCAUCAUCAUUAUUACUUAUAACAAUGCUUUCGCAUUGUUGCAGCUCUUAUGAGCUUUUUAACAAAACUAUCUUUCUUUCUCACUUUCUUCUUUAACUUUUUUUGCUUCUUUUCAUCCUUUGCACCUUUUACAUCUUUUACUUCUUCUACUCUUUUUCAGAAUUUCCAUCUUGCAAGAUGGAAAUCCAUUUUGGCUCGGCGACAGCAAAAAAAAUCCCAGAAUUCGGCCGUGCAAAAAAAAAUAAAACGGCCGGAAGGCCAAGGGGUCGCAGAUGGCAAUUCUCCGGGGUGGGGUGCAGGCUUGGGCUGACUGGGCUUCCCCUCGACCCACAGACAAGAUACCGACGGCGCAACAUCAAUCAAGCACUUCUGGAGGAGCAUUAUGGUGCCUGCGAAUGGCACAGGUGGUUCCAGAAGAAGACAAUGGACGAUCCUCUCAUACCUUGAGCACCACCAGGGGUUUAAGAGAGUCCUUGCCGAAAUUUUUGAUCCAGCAGGGUCGGGGUGAGUCUCCCCGACAGACUGAGGACGUCACCAUUUUUGAUGGCUCCGAAGAAAAAGGGCGUUAGGUGGCUUUAGUGCUUAGUGCCACAUGAAGCACGAAGCUGAAGUCCGACUGGCUAGGGGCUGAAAUAAUCCCCGCUUAACCUCUCUAACUAAUCUCUCUCUCUCUACUCUUUUUUCCAUCAUUUGCAUCUCUUCCUCCUUUUGCUCAUUUUUCGUCCUUUGUAUCUGCAGUAUUUGCAUCUUUUAUGUUUUUUGCAUCUUUUGAGUCUUUCGAGUCUUUUGAGUCUUUCGAGUCUUUUGAAUCUUUUGAAUCUUUUGAGUCUUUUGAGUCUUUUGAGUCUCUUGAGUCUUUUGAGUCUUUUUUGAGUCUUUUGAGUCUUUUGAGUCUUUUGAGUCCUUUGAGUAUUUUGAAUCUAUUGAAUCUUUUGAGUCUUUUGAGCCUUUUGAGUCUUUUAAGUCUUUUGAGUCUUUUGAGUCUUUUGAGUCUUUUGAGUCUUUUAUGCCUUUUGUGUCUCUUGCAUCUUUCGCAUUUUCCAUUCUCACCUUCUCCUUCUCCCUGAUCUUUGUCUUCUUUUCUUUUCCUAUAGCAUCUUCUGGGCCAGUUUCGACUUCUUGUUCCACUUCCUUUUGCUUAUCUUUCAAUUUGUAGGGAAUCGUUUUGACUGAUUGUGUGGCCAAUAUUAACUCUCCCUCAUCCAGCACAUCUCCACUCUGCUUUUCGGCUCAUUCCUUGAUCUUCUCUAUCAACUCUUCAUCUUCUCCGUCAUCUUCAUCAAAUUCUUCAUUGUCUUCCUCCUCAUCUAAUUGCUCAUCUAGCUCAUCCUCCAGUAGCAGCAAUUCAUUGAUUAAAUUGUCGGUAUAACCAUAUGAACCAAGUUCUUCCAAGUAAUAACUCCAUCUGCACAAUCCUUGAUAUUCCUUCAAGGCAGAAUUGAUGGUAGCUCACUUUUCAAAAAAUUUUUGAUUCCAUUAAAAUAAAAAAGUCCACUCACAGGAGUCAGUCUCGAGCAAGGCAACAUGACCCAUGAGCUUUUCUAAACAGCUUAUGGAUCGUAAAGUUUUGGAUUGCCUCACCUCAUGAAAAUCGUGAUGAUGCCCGUACGUCACUAGUCAGGAUUUAAAGGGUGGACUCUACCUAUCACCCAGCUGAAGAAAUCGAUACUUUAAGCUUAGGCAAGCCAAUAAAACUUUCCCCCAAUGAAUCACGCAGGAAAACUGUUUCCUUGAACCAACUUUUUUUCCAGCAAAAUUUCAAUAUAGAAGGCGACUUUAUUAAGCCUUCCCUGAUUCAGCCAUUUAAACAAAAAGUGAAAAAGAAUCCCAGGUACUUUAAUAAUCAAACCCAAAAAAGUACAAUAAUUGAGAAAGACAAGGUCUCCGAUGAUAACACCAGAAUAAGAAUGACCCCAAACAGUAUUUUUGAUGAGACUCCGCAUCCCGUAUGCAAGCCUGACACUAUGGACAAAUCUUCAAGCCAGCUUCUUAAGCCAGAAUUCCAUUUUACACCUGCUAUUGCUUUGCCGACAAAUCAACGCCUAAAAAUUGUUCAGCCGAGGAAACUCGAGCCUAUAAGCCGACAAGAUCCAGUUCGACGUCACUCUUUUGUCGAACAAGAAAUACUGAGACUAAGAGAUUUAUUCGAGAGCGAAAGCCCUGAAAAGCUAUAUAAAGAUUUCGAAGAAAUGGUCUCUAAAAAUAGGCUGCAAGAAGCUAAAAUAAAAGAGCUUGAAGACCUACUGGUCAUUGAGCAAAACGAAAAGCAAAACUUUGAGCAGCAAUAGACUAAGAUUAAGUUUAGGAGUUAGUGGGGUUUAUUUUUUAGUCUAGCCAUAUGGACAUUAGGUGCGCUAAGCACCAACCUAAUAGCGCUCUUUUUCUAUCUGACACGCAAAAAAAUGGUUGUGUUAGAUUGCUGUCGCGGAGUCUCAUCCGUUCAGGUCUUUAUUCAUUGUAAUGAUUAAGGACUGCCAACCAAAUCAUUAGGACAUUGCCAAAAGUUUCCUUCUUAGCCUACCUUAACCCAAUUGCAAGCCAAAGAUUGCUUCUCAAGAAGUGCGGAAGGAGUUUGCCAGUCAGUCAUCUGUGGUUAAUAAAAAAAUUCAGUUGCAAAAGCCUAGCCUAUAGGAUUCACUUCUUCAAGCCUGGAUCAACUCGUAGGAUACCGAGAACCUGUUUCAGCUUGCCAUUUUAAUAAUUCUGUAUCAAAUAGAAGACUUAAAUAAUAUCAUUUCAAAAUUAAACGGGCUGCUGGCCCAAGAAAGAGACAAAACAAAAAAAUUAGAACAGGAAGUUACCAAAGCUAUCGAAAAAAUCAAAUCUCUUGAAAAUCCAAAUAAUAGCAACAAUACAUUGAGCGUAAAAAAUGAAGGGUUACUAAAGAGGAAGACCACAAAAAUUGAUGGAUUUGAUUUAAUCCCAGAAGAAACCCCCAUGAAAGUUAUGAAACGAGACUUAAAAAAAUACGGAAUAAUUACAGCUUUUAUAAGAAAAUUAAUGGUCUUUCUCACAAGCCACAAAAUAGUAGCGUCAGAUUUCAUUACAAGUUUGGACCCAGACUCUAAAGAUCUUCUUACAUAUGAAGAGUUUCAAACUGCAAUUCAGAGGGUUGGGUUCAGGUCUGCUUUAAAUUAGAUUAGAUUAUAUUGGUAGAAAUAGUCUAUUUGGAGAAGAUAGGGGUGGUAGAGGCAUGAAGGUGGUUUCCAGCUUAGCAUAAGCAUGAACGAACCUCCUGCUCCGCAUUAGAGAAUUUUCCUACUUGCCCAUUUAAAUUGGAACAAAGAAUCCUUUUCCAAUUUAAAGGGGGUUAAUUUUGUUUUUUUUAAAUUUUAAAAAUUAUUGAAUUUUAGUUUAUUUUGAUUUAAAAAAUCAAUCGAUUUAGCAUGAAAUCUGCUUAAAUAAUAUUCUACUUCACUUUUUCCAUUAAAAUCGGCUAAACUAAUUUUAUAAGAAUUAGUCUUUUCACCUUUACAUUUUCCUAUCGAUAAAUUUUUUUUACAUUUUGUAGGGAGCUAAAGCAGUACGAAAAAAACCUGACCCCCCUCCGUGAGCGAACAAAAAAUUUUGUUUGCUCACGGAGAGGGUUAAUACAAAUUUUAUAUUAAUAUUUAUAUUCAAAAUUAAAAAAAUUGUCAAUUCGCAAAAACUGGAAAGCAAAUAUUAAUUUAAUUUGUAAAACUUUGUUUUAAAUGCAAGCUGUUUUGAAAUUAAACAGAGCUCAAAAGAAAAGUCAGCUGCUUUUGCCAUUCUGGGCAGGCAACUAAGCAGCCUAAGUAGUUAAGUCUCCUGCUUCGAUUCUGGGACUGAGUGCUGGCAAAAAGAUGCUAAAAACUGUCACUGAAGCCAGACCCUUAGUCAGUGGAUAUUAUUCUGGGUAUUCGCUCCUAGGCUAACCAACCAUUUAGCAGGCCUUGCACCGGAAUCCAGAUCCAGAUAUAUCCACAAUCAAGAGUGUAGGUUUUAGUCACUACAACUCAUGUAUAUACCCCUGCUUUAAAUGAGCUCCAAACAGUUUUUGAUUUAUUGAAAAUAGGUGACCAAGUCUCAAUCUCAUCAUUGCAUUCUCAAUUGCAAUCUGCAAUUGAUAAAGAAUCUGACCACAGCUCAGAUAUUUCAUCGCCUCCAUCAAUAAUAACGCCAAAUCGAGGCUCAUUUACAAAAAUGUCUAUAGUUAUCCCAGAUACCAAGGUAAAAACAUUUUUGGAAGAUUUUGAAGAAAAUUUUGACUUGGCAAAAGAAGAGGUUAUAGAGAUUUGUGAAAAGGUCUUUCCUGAUGAGGUGAGAUUUGAGCAUAUGAUAAAGUUGUUUUUGACGGAAGAAAUUCAUAUUGAGGACAGCGACUUGAGGAAAAAACUUGCCUCGCAUUUUAUUGGAGGCAAGGAAAUUGUAAAUAAGAAAGAUGCAAUUGAAGGAAUUAUUGAAAAAUUGUUUGGGGAAAAAGACGAAACUCCAGGAUUUCACGGUGAGAUUACUGAGCCGAUUUUGGCACAAAUUGAGUUUAAGAAAGAUGAAUUUUUGCAUAUCUGUAGAGAUCAAGACAGCCAAAAAACCGGAAUAUUAUCGUUCAAUGAGCUAGUAGAUAUUUUAGCAAAAUUGAAUAUAAAGAUCAGUGACAGCAGCUUAGAACAAUUCAUAUCUGAAUGCUCAGCAAAAUUUGCUUCAAUUGAUAAAAUUGAAUAUGAAAAUUUGCUGAGAGUGAAGUCGAACUCUUAUAACAGAGGGUUUUCAUUUGCAUCAUAG